GACUUCGGCACCACAUCCAGCGGUUACGCCUUCAGCUUCUCCAGCGACCCCGAGUCCAUCCACAUGAUGAGGAAAUGGGAAGGAGGUGACCCAGGGGUGGCCAACCAGAAGACCCCCACCAGUCUCCUGUUGACACCAGAAGGCAUCUUCCACAGCUUUGGCUACACUGCCAGGGACUACUACCACGACCUGGACCCUGAGGAAGCCCGGGACUGGCUCUACUUUGAGAAGUUUAAGAUGAAGAUUCACAGCACCAGCGAUCUCACCAUGACAACUGAGCUCGAAGCUGUCAAUGGGAAGAAGAUGCAGGCGCUGGAGGUCUUCGCCCACGCGCUCCGUUUCUUCAAGCAGCACGCCGUGCAGGAGCUGAAGGACCAGUGUCCAUCCCUGCCUGAGAGAGAUGCCAUCCGUUGGGUGAUCACGGUGCCGGCCAUCUGGAAGCAACCAGCCAAGCAGUUCAUGCGAGAAGCUGCCUACAAGGCUGGUCUGGUGUCCCCAGAGAAGCCGGAGCAGCUGCUGAUCGCGCUGGAGCCCGAAGCCGCUUCCAUUUAUUGCAGGAAACUUCGUCUCCAUCAACUGAUCGACCUGAGCUGCAGACCCCCCAGCAACGGGCUGGGGUCCGACCCCCCCGUCGACUCCAGCUUCCGGCAGG